AUGCAACUUUUUCUUUCUUUCUUUCUUUCUUUCUUUCUUUCUUUCUUUCUUUCUUUCUUUUCGCCUAUCUGUGUAUCGCCAGUCUUUUUCUUUCUUUCUUUCUUUCUUUCUUUCUUUCUUCUCAUGCAACUUUUUUGUUUUUUGUUUGUUUCUUUCUUUCUUUCUGUCUUUCUUCGCAUUCCUCCUAUACGCCAUUCCUUUCUUGUUUCCUUAUACAAUUCCUUCAGAUUUUCUAACCCAUCCCAAUUUUCUGUCCCCUUUCCUUCCUUCCUUCCUCUCUCCCCCUCUCUGUCUGCCUCCCUCCUUCCUUCCUUCCUUCCUUCCUUCCUUCCUUCCUUCCUUCCUUCCUCUUCUAAUGGCUCCCUUUUCUUUCUGGUUUCAAGCACUAACUUUUUUCAAAAUACAUACAUAUCUAUCUAUCUAUCUAUCUAUCUAUCUAUCUAUCUAUCUAUCUAUCUAUCUUCUUUAUUACAUUCUCAGAAAGUGUUUAAAUAUAUGAAUAUAUACACGCACACCUAUCGCCGAUCAUUCCUUCCUUCCUAUCUAUCUGUUUUUUCAUUAUCUAUCUAUCUAUCUAUCUAUCUAUCUAUCUAUCUAUCUAUCUAUAUCUAUGUUUUUUUCAUUAUCUAUCUAUCUAUCUAUCUAUCUAUCUAUCUAUCUAUCUAUCUAUCUAUGUUUUUUUCAUUAUCUAUCUAUCUAUCUAUCUAUCUAUCUAUCUAUGUUUUUUCAUUAUCUAUCUAUCUAUCUAUCUAUCUAUCUAUCUAUCUAUCUAUCUAUCUAUCUAUGUUUUUUCAUUAUCUAUCUAUCAAUCUAUCUAUGUUUUUUUCAUUAUCUAUCUAUCUAUCUAUCUAUCUAUCUAUCUAUCUAUCUAUGUUUUUUCAUUAUCUAUCUAUCUAUCUAUCUAUCUAUCUAUCUAUCUAUCUAUCUAUUUUUUCAUUAUCUAUCUAUCUAUCUAUCUAUCUAUCUAUCUAUCUAUCUAUCUAUUUUUUUUCAUUAUCUAUCUAUCUAUCUAUCUAUCUAUCUAUCUAUCUAUCUAUCUAUGUUUUUUCAUUAUCUAUCUAUCUAUCUAUCUAUCUAUCUAUCUAUCUAUCUAUCUAUCUAUGUUUUUUCAUUUCUAUCUAUCAAUCUAUCUAUGUUUUUUUAUCUAUCAAUCUAUCUAUCUAUCUAUCUAUGUUUUUUCAUUAUCUAUCUAUCUAUCUAUCUAUCUUUUUCAUUAUCUAUCUAUCUAUCUAUCUAUCUAUGUUUUUUCAUUAUCUAUCUAUCUAUCUAUCUAUGUUUUUUUCAUUAUCUAUCUAUGUUUUUUUCAUUAUCUAUCUAUCUAUCUAUCUAUCUAUCUAUCUAUCUAUCUAUCUAUCUAUCUAUCUAUCUCUACACUGCAAGUUCAACCCCGCCCUCAAUCUUGCUCUUUUUUUCCGUUUCAUUUUUUACAUUUCUUUUAUUAUUUCAUAUUAUUUUUCUUUCUUUCUUCCUUUCUUCCUUUCUUUCUUUCUUUCAUUCUUUCUUUCAUUCUUUCUUUCAUUCUUUCUUUCUUUCUUCCAUUCUUUCUUUCUUCCUUUCUUUCUUUCAUUCUUUCUUUCAUUCUUUCUUUUUAAUUCACUUUCUUUUCAUUCCACUUAUUUCUUUCUUUCUAUCCAUUCAAUUCUUUCUUCCUUACUUUAUUUUUUCUUUCUUUAUUUUCCAUUUCUUUCUUUCUUUCUUUCUUUCUUUUUUCUUUCUUUCUUUCUUUCUUUCUAUUACUUUUCUUUCUUUAUUUCUUUCUUUCUUUCUUUCUUUCUUUCUUUCUUUCUUUCUUUCUUUCGAUCCAUGCCAUUCAUUUUCCUUCCUUUAAUUCAGUUUCAUUAUAUACCUUUUAUUUUUUCUUCCUCCCUUUCUUUCUUUCUUUCUUUCUUUCAUUGUUUCUUUCUUUCUUUCUUUCUUUUCAUUCCUUUUCUUUCUUUCGUUCUUUCUUUCUGUAUAUUAGUUUUCUUUUUUCUUUCAAUUCACUCUCUUUUUAUUCCUCUUAUUUUUUUCUUUGUUUGCAUUCCUUUUCUUUCUUUCUUUCUUUCUUUCUUUCUUUCUUUCUUUCUUUCUUUCUUUCCAUUACUUUUCAUUCUUUCUUUCUUUCUUUCUCUCUUUCUUUCUUUCUUUCUUUCUUUCUCUCUUUCUUUCUUUCUUUCUUUCUUUCUUUCGAUCCAUGCCAUUCAUUUUCCUUCCUUUAAUUCUUUUAAUUCAGUUUCAUUAUAUACCUUUUAUUUUUCUUCCUUUUUUUUCUUUUCUUUCUUUCUUUCUUUUCAUUCCUUUUCUUUCUUUCGUUCUUUCUUUUCUGUAUAUUACUUUUCUUUUUUUCUUUCAAUUCUCUUUUUAUUCCUCUUAUGUCUUUUUUCUUUCUAUCCAUUCUUUUCUUUCUUCCUUAGUUUUUCUUUGUUUGCAUUCCUUUUCUUUCUUUCUUUCUUUUUUCUUUCUUUCUUUUACUUUUUCAUUCUUUCUUUCUUUCUUUCUUUCUUUCUCUCUCUUCUUUCUUUCUUUCUUUCUUUCUUUCUUUUUUCUUUCUUUCUUUCUUUCGAUCCAUGCCAUUCAUUUCCUUCCUUUAAUUUUUUUAAUUCAGUUUCAUUAUAUACCUUUUAUUUUUUCUUCCUUCCUUUCUUCUUUCUUUCUUUCUUUCAUUCUUUCUUUCUUUCUUUCUUUCUUUUCAUUCCUUUUCUUUCUUUCGUUCUUUCUUUCUGUAUAUUAGUUUUCUUUUUUCUUUCAAUUCACUCUCUUUUUAUUCUACUUAUGUCUUUCUUUCUAUCCAUUCACUUCUUUCUUCCUUACUUUUUUUCUUUGUUUACAUUCCUUUUCUUUCUUUCUUUCUUUCUUUCUUUCCAUUACUUUUCUUUCUCUCUUUCUUUCUUUCUUUCUUUCUUUCUUUCUUUCUUUCUUUCUUUCUUUCUUUCGAUCCAUGCCAUUCAUUUUCCUUCCUUUAAUUCUUUUAAUUCAGUUUCAUUAUAUACCUUUUAUGUUUUCUUCCUUCCUUUCUUCUUUCUUUCUUUCUUUCUUUCUUUCUUUCUUUUCAUUCCUUUUCUUUCUUUCGUUCUUUCUUUCUGUAUAUUACUUUUCUUUUUUCUUUCAAUUCACUCUCUUUUUAUUCUUCUUAUGUCUUUCUUUCUAUCCAUUCACUUCUUUCUUCCUUACUUUUUUUCUUUGUUUACAUUCCUUUUCUUUCUUUCUUUCUUUCCAUUGACUUCUUUUUUCUUCUUUCUUUACAAUCGUUUUCUUUCUUUCUUUUUUCUUUCAUUUUUUUCUUUUAAUUCCCUUUCUUUUCAUUCUUUUCAUUUUUUCUUUCUUUCUUUCUAUUCAUUCCCUUCUUUCUUUUUUCUUUACAUUCCUUUUCAAUCUUUCUUUCUUUCUUUCUUUCUUUCUUUCUACUUGAUAUUUUUCUUCUCCUACGUUAAUCUCCACUCUUUUUAUUUUUUGCCCAUUGCUCUAUAUUUUGUCUUCUUUUCGGUUUUUUUUUCUUUCUUUCUCUCCUUUAAAAGAAGCUCUGGUCGCAGAUCAAUUCAAUGA